AUGGCUGAUUGGGGUAAUAUACCCAGCGAAAUAGCGAGUGUGAUUGCAGAACAUCUGGAAAAAGUAGAAGACUUUGAAGCUUUUGCGUUGGUUUGUUCAAGUUGGAGAAGAGGGGCGAAAGAAUGCAAGUUUGGGUAUGAAGCCAAGGCAUGGCUUAUGCUGGCCAGAAGCAAAGAAGGUGGGCCGAAGCAACGUCGGUUUUACAGCCUCUAUAACCGCAAAGUGCGCACAGUGAACCUCCCUCUGUGCUACCAUAUGAGGCUGUUAUCGUCGCAUGGAUGGUUACUGGCCAGUGCUACUGACGAAUAUUAUAAUCUGUUUAUUCUCAACCCCAUGUCCGGUGCCAAAAUAAACCUUCCUAAGGUUACCUGCUUGAUUAAUACCAGGGAAAUUCUCAAGUUCAUCCUAUCAGGAAACCCAUCCUCCUCUAGUGAUUUCACAAUCGCCUUAGUUGCGUCCGCACCCUAUCCCUACUUUCAGGGUCAUGGGGCCAUCUGUUUCUGGGGACACGGCUGUGAAAGAUGGCAGACAAUUUUUACGGACAAAAGACUUGAUGUUACUUUUUACAAGGGAAACUUUUAUGGCGUCAACGAUUAUGGAAAUAUAUGGUGUUAUGAGUUAGACCAUUCAACAGGUCGUCCUCACCAGCGGCUUGUUGCUAAACUGGAACCUACCGGCAUUUUCACGAGAUACCUUUUCCCUAAAGAUCCACGCUACUUGACUGGCAGGCUGAUAGAAUGCUACUUGGUUGAAUCAGAGAAUCGCUUGUUGCUCGUGAUUAGGGUGAGACCAUUCCACCAAACUAUGUUCUUCAAGGUGUAUGAGCUGAAUGUCUACAAUGGAGAGGCCAAACAUGUUCCUGACUUGGGUGAUAGAGCGAUUUUCGUGGGUUGGAACUCAUCCUUUUCUAUAAAGGCAUCAUCUUUUGCUCAUGGUAUCAAACAUAACUCUAUCUAUUUUACUGGUGAUUAUCGGAUACCUGGGGAUAGUGACGCUGGCAUCUUCACUUUGGCAGAUGAAAAUAUUCAUCGCUUUGAUGACAUUGUUAAACCAGAACAUUUGUAUGAAAAUUGUUAUGCAAAUGCACCAUAUGUGUGGCUUCAGGAUCCAAGCUUAUGA